AUGACUUGGUGGGAUGUUACUCCCCACCUCGUCAAGUGUCGCGACCUUGAUGCCAAGUGUAGCGAGCUGGAGGAGAAGCAGCACGCACUCUACGAGCCCUACAAGAAUAAAUCCGAGAACGUGCGCUCGAAGCUGUGGAAUGAGCACGGGGUUUUGUCUGGUGUUGAACACGUCUCGAUCGACGCCAGCAGUGACAUGAAUGCUUGGAGCAGAAUGUCCAAGGUCAAAGAGGCCCUUGCUCAAAUGGACGGGUCUGAGAAUCGCCUGAAUUUGAUUGAAGGCGAGCUGGACAAGUUUCCGUAUGCUGACUUACGAGCCGAGAUGCUCGGUAAGUUGGAAGAAAUGGAAACCAAACACGCGCGACAGAUGGAGGAGGUGCGGGACGAGCUCACGGAACAACAAGCCGUCAACAAGGAGGUGCGGGACGAGCUCACGGAACAACAAGCCGUCAACAAGGAGGUGCGGGACGAGCUCACGGAACAACAAGCCGUCAACAAAGAGGUGCGGGACGAGCUCACGGAACAGCAAGCCGUCAACAAGCGACAAGAGGAACAGAUCAAGGAGGUGCGGGACGAGCUCACGGAACAACAAGCCGUCAACAAGCGACAAGAGGAACAGAUCGAGCAAAUGCAAACCAAACACGAGCAACAGAUGGAGGAGGUGCAGGCGGAGCUUCAAACGAUCCGACAAACGCUGAAGUAUCCCAUCUUGAAGCGCCAAAUCAUCAUCAAGCUCGCCACAAUCGUGGGCGAGCGCUUUUGGCCGAGUGACUCUUGUUCAUGGCCGUGUGACGAUGACAUCCACCGGCUUCGUCUGCUGUUCAAGUACAUGGACUGGGCCACCGCACAGGUGGCGCAAGACGAUGGCUUCCGAGGUCGUGUUCCGCAGAAGGGGUGUCCAGCAGACACAGAAGAUUUCCACACCUUGUUUUACAAGUGGAAGCCGGGCCUUCAGGAGUGGGCAGUCCAAGCGUAUGCUGACGUGCUCCCACGACUGGGUAAUUUGGACGACUUUUUCAAUGCAUUGAAUAGUGUGCGCAGCGAUGGUAACAGGGCAGCGCAUCCGACGGUGCACGAGGAGCACGCGCUUAAGGAGCUGCCGAGCCUGAUCGAGUCGAUGGAGCUUUGUGUGAGAGGGGAAGCCACAGCAGCGCCCGACAGUCAAAAGCUGCUUGAUGUUUUGAAAGCUUUGAAUUCGAAUUGA